GAGCGAUGCGAGACAAGCAGUUCAACUGCAGUGCAGUUCUAACAGUUAUAAAAAUGUAUAAAUAUUUGGUAUAUAUUGAGAUUUUUGUUACUGUUAACUGCAGGGGACGGGAUGAUGGUCACUAUUCGAAGCCUAAGGCUUCGAAUGUUAAGAACCGACCCGCCUGCACCGCAGUUAACAGUAACAAAAAUCUCUACAUAUACCAUAUCACUAUAUAUUUUUAUAACUGUUAAAAUCGUACCGCAGUUAAACCGCUUGUCCCGCAUCGUUCAAACCACAGUUAUCGGAGCUUAAUUUUAGAUAUAAAUAUAUAUAUAUAUAUAUAUAUAUAUAUAUUUGUAUUUUUUAUAUAUGCCUAUGAAAUUUUCACUGUUAAGGUUAUUCCUCGAAUGUUGUGUACAUUUACCUUUACUUAAACUUUGUUUAUCUUAUUUGUGUGAAACAUCGGAAUGCGUAUUUAAUCCACCAAUUUGUCUUCAAAAAGUUAUACUACUAAGUUUUUAAUCAUCAUAUUGUAUUAAGCGACAUCGAUUGUUUCUUAAAGCUCAAGAUGUACUACAGUCUACAGUAUACUAACUGGAUAAGUAAUCAUAAUAUCUAUACAGAACAAUUUUAGAUGCGAUUCUAAAUUUCUUGAUGAGAGUAUACAGUAUACAAAUACAUAAACACUAAAAGUCUUGAAAUCUGAUAUAUAGAAGGGAAAUUUUUUUUUACCAAAUUUUAUUUUUAAAAUGAUAUUACUCGACCUAGCAAACAAACUAAGAAAAACUAAUAUAAAUAUAUAUAUGUAAGUAGAAUAGAUAUGUAGCAAUGUAUUAGUUAUUGAGGGUAAAAUUAAAUUUGGUUCCAGUAAACAAAAAAUUAAUAAGGUGCAAGUCAAAAACCAAAGGAAAGAAUAUUAUUAUUGAAAUGGAAGGUUCGAGUUGAAGGCAAGUAAAAAUUUUGUUUCAUAUUUAAACGGUAUAAUUUAAUUUAUGUGGUUAAAUUCGAUUUUAAAUUUAAAAAAAUCCAACGCAAAUAAUUAAGUGAUUUAAUUAGAAAUAGCUAAAAACAAUUAAAUGUAGAAUAAAACAUGCUAGACGAAAACAUAAAUUUAUCUAUAAAAAUAAGAGACAAAGAAGACAAUUCCACACACUGUUUACUCAUUUUGUUAUUAAUUUGCUAUUUUUUAUAUUAUUUUAUGUAUUGUAAGAAUUCAAAAAAAGAAGUUGAUAUUGAAAAAUAUUCAAUUCUAUAUUUUAUGUUCUUAGAAUUGCGAUUUUCUCCAUUUUAACUUUGUAUUUACUCAUUUUCUUACUACCGAUUUUUUUUUGACAUUUGUUAUUUCAAAAUUCCCAAAAUGUAAGAGAUCCUCACAUAAAAGCAAAUGAUCAGCACCACAAUAAAAUAUAUCAAGACAUAAUUACAAAUAAGUGCUUAUAAUUAACGACAGUGUUCAUCGACAAGCAUGACCCGACCGCAAUUUAAUAACCGUGUGAAAGAAGCUUACGCACACUGUUACAACAUGAAUCUUAUUCAAUUAAAAGUGAUUAACUAUUCAGCCGCAUAUCUUUUAUAUCUUCACGUAGACCACACAAACGUAUAGAUGGAGAAAAAUAACAUUAAAGAAUACAAAUGAAAAAGAGGAAAAAAAAAAACAUAAUACGAUCAAACUCUCUUUUUCUUCUUCUCUCAUCAUCUUUCCCACGCUUUCACGCUUUGCCUAUUAUUUCGAUCUUAAAAAUUAAAUAAAAACAAUUUGGUCACUCUUUUUUCUUUGCUGUUUCAGAAAACUCUUACUCUCUCUCUCACAACGUCUAGAGAUAAUAUCAAUUUCAAAAGCUCUGUUUCAAUGGAAACACUGAAGAAGAAUCCAUCCGUAAGAAGAAAAGGAAAGCUAGCGAGAACAUUCCAGAAGGUAUGCAGCCUCAGAACAACGUCGACGAAGGUCUCCUCCAACAACGGAAUCGGAAUCUGUAUGCUGAAGUCACACAAUAACCCAAACUUCGAAGACGACGACGACGACGACGGAGACUCCGUCUUCGAUCUGAAGAGCACUUCGAGCCGCAGCAGCAGGAGCGGGGAGCUCAAGGUGCGGGAGCGGCGGAGAGCCGUCUUCGAAGCGGUGGUCGCGAAGAUCUUCGCCAGCACGACUUCGAUCAAAGCCGCGUACGCCGAGCUCCAGAUGGCGCAGCGCCCUUACGACAACGCCGCGAUACAGGCCGCGGACACGGCGGUGGUGGAGGAGCUGAAGGCGUUGUCGGAGCUGAAACGGAGUUUUCUGAGGAAGGAGCUGAACAUCUCCCCGCAGGUGGCGAUCAUGCUCGCCGAGAUCCAGGAGCAGCAGAGCUUGAUGAGGACGUACGAGAUCACGAUCAAGAAGUUAGAAUCGGAAUCCGCCGAGAAGCAGUCGAGGAUCGACUCGCUGAAGACGAGCCUCGAGGAGGUCUCGGCGGUUAACAAAUCGAAUGAGAAGAAGCUAACGGCGAGCGGUUCAAUCUCUCCGUUAGAUAACGUCGCGUUCUCGAAUUUGAAUUUGAGCGGUUACGUUCAGAUUCUAGGGUUUACGUUGAGAUCGGUGAGAAGCUUCGUUAAGUCUAUGGUGAAGGAGAUGGAGUCGGCGAGCUGGGAUCUCGACGCAGCCGCCUCCGCCGCGAUCCGAAACGCUACCACCGUCUUCUCUCGCCCCAGCCACCGUUGCUUCGCGUUUGAAUCCUUCGUUUGUUGUAAAAUGAUGGAGAAUUUCGAAUCUCCGGACUUCUCGUUACCUAACGUCGACGAGAAACCGAGCCGUGAGCGUUUUUUCAACUUGAGAUCCGUCGACCCGGUUCAGUACUUGACCCGGAACCCGGGUUCGUCCUUUGCGAGGUUCGUGCUUCAUAAGUACUUGAGCGUUGUACACGCGAAGAUGGAGUGUUCGUUCUUUGGGAACUUGAACCAGAGGAAGCUGGUUAACUCGGGCGGGUUUCCGGAUUCGGGUUUCUUCGCUACGUUCUGCGAGAUGGCUAAACGGAUCUGGCUGCUGCACUGCUUGGCAUUUUGUAUCAGCGAAAACGUCACGGUGUUUCAGAUUAAAAAAGGCUGUAGAUUCUCUCAGGUGUACAUGGAAGGCGUGAAAUCAGGGGACGAGUCUCUUUUCUCCUCCGAUGAUAAUGCAGAUAUCCGGGUCGGGUUCACGGUUGUUCCCGGGUUUAAAAUCGGAGAUAACGUGAUACAGAGCCAGGUUUACUUAUCUCCGGUGAAUGGUUUUCCUCCGCCGGGUACUUCAUAAAAACGAUAUGAUACACACAGCUAAAUUCAAAAGUAUAUUUUCACGCUCCGGGAUGAAAAAGAGCGGCGGCGCGUGAAAAAGGAAUGGUGGGACAUGAUUCCUUGGUGGCAGCAGGACUGGCAUGUGGGACCUGUAUUGAAAGGGGUAAGAGAAUGGUGACGGUGACAGAAAAUGGCGCGAGGGACAAUCAUCAUCAAAAUAGUUUAGUGACAGAAAAUGAUAAAAUGAGAUUUUUCUCUUUUUCUUUUAAAUUUAGGUUAUAAAACACAGCAUGGUAGUACGGCAUGGAAGAUGAAUAGUAUUCUAUGUCUUUUUUACAUGUUAAAUAUAACUGAAAUUUGUUUACAAUGUCUGGAGUUGGUCGGGACCAUGCCUGUAAAUAGUUUUUGCAGCUAUAAUUAGUUUUUUUUAAUA